UUAUGGUUGCGCCUAGCCCUUCUCUAGGAAGCUCUGCUUUGUUAGAUUUUCCUUUUUAAGGUUUUUUUUUGGGGAAUUUUCGUUUUCGCUGUAAUUUUGGGGUUUAGAUUUUGAUUUUAUCAGAGCCAUUUUAGAGGGUUAGGAGGUGUGGGUGUUAGCUCAGUUGUUAGCGUCUCUCACCUGUGUUAUAUACCGCCAUUUCUCGCUCCAAUUUCCGUUUCGAUCACAAUUCAAACAGCUUACUGAUCGCCCUCGUCUUCCUGCUUACAGUUGGUUAUGGAUUUGUGAGGAUUUGCGGCUUUAGGGUUUUGAUUUCGUUAUUCGAUUUUGAAAUACACAUUUAAAGGAAUCAAUAAGGAGCAAAUCCAUAGUAUUUUUAGGUUAGAUUUAUAGAACUGUAAGUAGUUGAAUUUUGUGAGCGAUGGAUAAGAAGAGAGUGGCUAUUCCUCUUGUAUGCCAUGGCCAUUCAAGACCGGUUGUGGAUCUAUGUUAUAGCCCUGUUACGCCGGAUGGAUUCUUCCUCAUCAGUGCCAGCAAGGAUUCCAAUCCCAUGCUCAGAAAUGGAGAAACUGGCGAUUGGAUUGGUACAUUUGAAGGUCAUAAAGGUGCAGUUUGGAGUUGUUGUCUGGAUACCAAUGCUUUACGUGCUGCCACUGGCUCUGCUGAUUUUUCAGCGAAAGUAUGGGAUGCAUUAACUGGAGAUGUACUGCAUUCAUUUGAGCACAAGCAUAUUGUUCGUGCCUGUGCUUUUUCGGAGGAUACACACCUUUUAUUGACUGGUGGUCUGGAGAAAGUACUGCGUAUAUAUGAUCUGAAUCGUCCAGAUGCACCUCCAAGAGAAGUGGAUAAAUCCCCCGGCUCAGUAAGAACUGUUACAUGGCUUCACAGUGAUCAGACAAUAUUAAGUUCCUGCACUGACAUGGGAGGUGUCAGGUUAUGGGAUGUAAGAAGUGGCCAAAUAGUUCAAACACUUGAAACCAAGUCAUCAGUGACCAGUGCAGAAGUAAGUCAGGAUGGACGGUAUAUCACAACUGCUGACGGAUCUACUGUUAAAUUCUGGGAUGCAAAUCACAGCUUUGGCUUGGUCAAGAGCUACAACAUGCCUUGCACUGUAGAAUCUGCUUCAUUGGAACCCAAGUAUGGGAUGAAGUUCAUUGCGGGUGGAGAGGAUAUGUGGAUCCAUGUAUUUGAUUUUCAUACUGGCGAUGAGAUUGCGUGUAAUAAGGGUCAUCAUGGACCUGUACAUUGCUUACGCUUUGCACCCGGAGGGGAAUCCUAUGCCUCUGGAUCUGAGGAUGGAACCAUUAGGAUAUGGCAGACUGGUCCUUUAACACACGAUGACUCGGAUGAAGCCUUGGUCAAUGGAUCUGUUGGGAAAGUAAAGGUAAGUGCAGAUGAGGUCUCACGCAAGAUUGAGGGGUUCAACAUUGCAGACGAGGGGAAGACCAGAGAGAAGGAGAAGGAGAAGGAGGAGACGGGAAAUGAGUGAAAUCGUUUCUCCAUUGCUUGACGGGAAGCCCCAGAGCGUUUUGAGCUUUAUCCUAUACAGUUAAAAUCUUUUGUGAAGUAUGGACUUUGCUGAUUUUUUGUAUACAGUUUUAGUCAAUUCUUGCAGAUAUGGGUGUGAACUUGUGGUCACAAGUGAACGCGUUUUUGUUAUGGCACUGUCUUAUGCUUUAUAAUUGUUAAGGUUUUUCGAUUUUUAACCACUGUCGUAGUGAAGACCGUGUUUGAAGAGCAAUUACGUAAACAAAGCUAUACCAAUCUCGCAGAGUUGGCAAUUCAACUUUGGGAGCUUAAUUCA